GAAAACUUACAAUUUCUAACUGAUAUUUCCGAGGUCAUGUCAAAUCAAGGAUCCAAAAUCAUUUAUGAUACUGCUAUGGCUGUAUCGCACCCAAGAUCAAAAUUGAAUGUGAAUAAAGUUUCGCAUGAUCCAAUUUCGUUUCAAUUAAAUUAUUCCAUUAGAAACAAAAUUGUUACCUUUAAACUUGAUAGACCUCUGUUUGCUGCCAUACCAUCAGGUGAAGGAAAGACAACAUUGCAAUCACAAAACCCAUUACUGUUUGCCGAUUGGGAACAAUUGUUAGACAGUCAGCAAUGGACCGAAUUUCAACGUUUAUUAUCGGACAAGAAGUGGGAUGAAAUCGAUAAUAUUUUCCGUGUGAUUCGGAUCCCAACUGUCAACCCUAACCGCAUCUACCUUGUCCACGGCUUUUCACAUGUUCCAUUACAUUUGAAGCAAAACUAUUUAGGUGCAUUUUUAUUGGACGUAGGUACAAAUAUUCGCGAAAAUGCUGGAAAUCGCAAAUCGUUAAUGGAAGAACCUCUGGUAUUUUUCUGCCCUACAUUUUCUGCGCGUAAUGAGGCAAUCGUUGAACGUGCCGUACUGUUAUUAAGCGACGUACAAUAUUGA